AUGCAGAAGCAGAUUGAAGAGUUACGUGCAAAGUGCAGCACGUGCUGCCAGUUUGCUUAUCGCCAACCAUCUGAGCCGGUAAUCAGCAGCCCUGCCCCAAGCUUUCCGUGGGAAAGGGUCGGAAUAGAUCUGUGCGAACACUCGGGGGUUUCGUACUUGGUAGCGUACGAUGCAUAUUCGAAUUACCCGGAAGUGGAGCGCCUGGUGCAGACGUCGAGUGAAAGCGUCAUCCGGAAACUUGAAAUGAUGUUCGCAAGGCACGGCAUCCCGCUGGAGAUACACACCGACGGGGGUCCGCAAUUCACCUCCAGUGCUUUUCGUAAUUUUGCGCAAGUGUGUGACUUCUCCCAUGUGAUUUCCAGUCCCAGGUUCCCGAGAGCGAAUGGUCUGGCCGAAAAAGGGGUGCAUGUGGUCAAACUCCUCCUGAAGAAAACGAAGCACGCCAGGGAGGCGUUCUGGGUGGCCCUCCUGAACUAUCGUCUGUCGCCCCUGGAGGGCGGCCAGAGCCCGGCUGAGAUGCUGAUGGGGAGGCGACUCCGCGGACGCCUACCAGAUUUCGCUGUUCAACCUGCAGCAGAGGUGCAGAAGCACAUGCAAAAACCCAGAGUUGGCACCUCGCUCCCAGUCUUGGACAGGGGAGACACCGUGCGUAUUUUGGAUGACUCCGGGUGGACAGUUAAAGCCACCAUUCAGGACCGCGUCGAUCCCAGGUCUUACGUGCUCCGGACCGAGGAGGGGCGCACCCUAAGACGAAACAGGCAGCACAUCCGCAAAACAAAUGAAAGAUUCAUGCUGCGUGACACGGAAGAAGAAUAUGAAGGCAACGGCCUUGCGCGGGAUGCAGGGAAACCACAGCCAGCAGAAGACUAUCCUCCACCAAGCAGUGUCGUCCAGCCAGGCUCAACCAGAGAAAGCGUGGGUGACCGUCUAGAGAUGACGCCAGCUGCCGAAGAUGCCACGUCAGCAACCGCUGUUCACCAUCAGACUCUGAUGCAGGCCAUAGCACCCGAGCAAGCUGAAAACCAGGCCAACAACCAAGGAGCAGCUGAGACGAGCAAUGAUACAGGACAGCGUAUUAGAAAAUCGGCUCGCAACAAACGCCCGCCAGUGAGGCUUUCAUACGCAAAGGACUUUCAACAAAUUGUGUAG